AUGCCGGUGCUGCUUGGCCUUGCCCCGCUAGACACACUGUUGCACCACCUUCUCACGCCGACCUUCGUGGUGCCGCAAGCCCUCAACCUUUGCGCCAGCGUGCUGUUUGCAGCAACGCUGGGCAGCAGCAACGUCAGCAUCACCGCGCCUGUCGCCAACGGCGUGAGCCUGGCGACCAACGCCGCAUUUGACCACCUGCUGGGCGAUCGGCUGAGCCGCCCCAGCAGCGGCAUCGCAGGCCUGCUGCUGGUGUUUGUCGGCAUCCUGCUGUGCACGCUUGCUCAGCAGCAGCAGCGGCAGGAGUAG